CAUCAAUCAUCAUCGUUGAUUAUCAGUGGUGGUAAUAAUAAUCAACGUAGUGAAGUUCGUAAAUUUCCUAUAUUACGUGCAUUAGUAUCACAAUUUGUAUCUGAUCGUAGUUCACGUGAUAUGAUCAAUAAAGAUGAUUCAGAAAUUUUACUUGGAUCAUUCGAAUCAUCAUCAUCAUAUUCUACACCAACAUUUCAAUCACAACGAAUUAAAGAUAAUGGAAAAUCAUUAUCAUCAUCAUCAUCAUCAUCAUCAUCGAUUGUGGCUGCCAAUCAAUCACCAACGAUUAACAAACAACAACAACAACAACAACAACAACAGCAGCAGCAACAACAACAACAACAGCAAUCAUCACAAUUGAAACUACAUAAACAACAUGUCAAUAGUUCAAAUGUCAAAAGUAUACAGCAUAUAAUUGAUGAUAUUAAUUCACAAAAUAGUAAAAUAUCGAAUAAACGACGAAAACGAUUUCUUGUCAAUAUUUUAUCACGAAUGCUUAAAUCAGUCAAUUUUACUGAGCUCAGUUCUCAGAUGCGAAAUGGUAUAUCAUCUCGUGCAUCAUGUUGGGCAUGUAAUGCAUUAGCAGGAUUAUUCCUUAGUCCAGUUUAUUCAAAAGAAAUGAUGACAAUGGCCGUAAACACUGUUUGUAUGUCAUUCCGUUUGCAGACACCAAGAGUUUGUUCCGGAAUCGUUGAUUCAUUCAAGGAUGAUCUUGAUUAUAUACGUACACAUACAACGCUUAAACAUGGUGAAAUGUGUGGUGUAAUAUUCGGUAUGGAUUGUGCACGUAAAGUAACAAAAAAUCUUAAUUGGACUAUAACUAUACCGGAAAGAAAACAUUAUCGAUAUUUUUCAAAUAAUAAUGUUAAACGAACGGAUAAUAAUAUUGGUAAUACGGAUACCGUUACUGGUAUUGAAAAUGAAUUCAUCACCGUUAUGGAUUCAUAUAAAGAUUCAUAUAAAAGUAUUAGUAAAUUAGUACAAAUAACCGAUAUUCAUGUUGAUCCAUAUUAUGAACCUGGAUCUGAAGCAAGCUGUGGUGAACCAUUAUGUUGUCGUUCAACAAAUGGUUUGGCUAAAAAUAAAGAUCGAUCAGCUGGAAUUUGGGGUGAUUAUCGUAACUGUGAUACCCCCGUACAGACAUUAAGACAUGUACUUAAACAUAUCAAUGAAAUGCAUUCAGAUGCCGAAUAUUGGUUAUGGACAGGUGAUGUUGCACCACAUGACAUAUGGAAUGUAACCAAACAUGAGGUUAUUUCCCAAAUGAAAUUGGUCACUAAUCUAAUCAAACAAUAUGCCCGUGUUCCAGUAUAUCCGGUUAUUGGUAAUCAUGAAGGUGUACCAGUCAACAGUUUUCCACCACCCGAAAUUAAAGGAUCAAAUUCCAUUAGUUGGCUAUAUGAUUCGGUUGCAGAAGAAUGGGCAUUCUGGUUACCGGAUGAUGCUCUUCAAACAUUACGAUAUGGCGGCUAUUAUAUGGUAAAACCUCGAUCAAAUAUGCGAGUCAUUUGUAUAAAUACGAAUUAUUGUGCACGACUAAAUCCAUGGAGUCUAUACAAUCCAGUAGAUCCGGCUAAUCAAUUAAAAUGGCUUAGUGAAGAAUUACAUAAAGCUGAAAAAGUUGGAGAUAAAGUACAUAUUAUCGGCCAUAUACCACCUGAUAAUCGAGAAUGUACACAAGCAUGGCUUUAUAAUUUUCUUCGUAUAAUUGAUCGAUUCAAUGAUACUGUUCUAGCACAAUAUUAUGGCCACACUCAUCGUGAUGAAUAUCGGCUUUUCUAUUCGCCUGGUCAUCAUGAAGUACCAAUUGGAUUGGCUUAUAUUGGUCCAAGUAUUACGCCAUUCACUGAAAAUAAUCCAGCAUAUCGUCUAUAUUAUAUGGAAGAUAGUGGUUUACUUACUGAUCAUGAAACAUAUUAUUUCAAUUUAACUGAAGCAAAUCAUAGUAAUCGUGGACCACAAUGGAAACAUGAAUAUCGUGCUAUAGAAAAAUUUGGCCUUGAUGAUAUGAGUCCCGAUAGUUGGCAUAAUUUAUCCAUCAAAUUACAUACUGAUGAUAAAUUAUUUAAUGAAUUCAAAAAUCUUUACUAUCGACAUAGUGAUGUGAAAAAAGAUGAAAGAUGUACGGAUAAAUGUCGAAAAUAUAUUCUUAGUGAUCUAGCCGUAUUACAUCCGCUUAAGAAUCGACCAAAACGAUUCUUUGGCCGUCGUAAACAUAGUCAUUCAAAGUGAGAUUGAUUGAUCAACAAAACAAAACAAAAAAAACAAAAACAAAAAAUCGCCAUAAUUUAAUUUGAGAUUGUUUAUGUUAUUUUAUUGAGACC